GAACGUCACAUGAUUACAAAAACCUUCAUCGCGGUGAAUGAUCACGACGGGCGAUCGGCCGAGGGUGUUAAGCGGCGCCUGGGACACCUCCGUUCACGUUCACGGCUAAUUACUGCUGAUCGCCGAGCGUCCGCGGGCGAAACAACGGACAGGCCGCAGCUUGGUUAGAUUCGGCCACCCCGUGCGGACAAUUUCGGUCAGGAUGAAGGUCUGCGGGCCCAAGUACGCCCUGUGCGGCUUAGUGCUGUCCGUUUGGGGCAUAUUCCAACUGCUUUUCAUGGGAAUAUUUUUCUACGUCCGGAGCGUAGCACUGGUGGAGGAUCUCCCGGGAGUGAAAAACUUCACCUCGAUUGACGAGUUCUACAAAGUGGUGGACCGAGGUUACACGCAGAACGCGUACAACUGCUGGAUCGCCGCGUGCAUCUACGUCCUCACCUUCCUCUUCUCUGGCCAUCAGUUCUAUCUCAAUUCCAGAUCGUCUCUUAGCGUAUAAGUAAAAUAAUGAAGAUGUUACACAAUAAUGACGCGCUACCGCGGGUCCGAUUUGUAAUAAUGUACAUCUAGAAAAAUGCAGCUUUCAAGUUAACUUCAAAAGCUGAAUUAUAUACAGUUAUCCUAUAAUCGAGUUGUUAUCCGAGCACAAUGUAACCCAGAUGGAAUGUCUGUGUUCCAAGUGUUCGUACGCAAGUGCAGAAGAAGGUAUUUUUUGCCACCUAUGUGUAUAUUAUUCCAUAUUUCCAUGUCUCAGUACAUUAUAUAUAUAUCGAUAUAGCUGGAGAAGCAGCAUAAAUACAAAAAAAAGGGAGAUUAUGUAAUUCGCAGUGGUCUUGCUAUGUCAGAAUUUAUUUUAUUCGUCGGUAGUGAUAUAUAUUUUAGUCAUCGGGUUUAAAUCCCGCCUAUACUGUUACAUAUAUUGUUAAUAUGAUUUAAUAAACUAAUCGUAGACUACA